GACGCGGACGUCGCGCCGGACACCUGCAGUCGGGCGAUUGCGUCAAGGGCGAGGCCGUCACGCGCGCAUAAUACUGUACGUGCGCGGACGUGUUCCUAACGUACUGCGUCCCCCGUGCACGGACUCCGCGACCGUUAAUAGCCGUCGACAGCAAUCGUUUUUUUCUUUCUCCUUUCCCUGAACACCGGUCGCGUGUGAAAACAUAAAAAAAUCGGAUCCACCUCGGCACGGGUCUUGCGCGAAGAAGAAUUCUGCUCGAACGACGUUUUUCGAUCGGGUGUACCGUACUACACGUCCGUUUACGUUCCGCUGCGCUAAGCCCUACAUGUACCCGGGGGCACGGCGACCGCAAUCGGAUUGUCGAGUUGUACCCGAAUCGCGACGAAUUCCGUACGGCAUUAUUGUUGUCGCUGUAACAGCGUCCGUGUCUGCGUAUAAAUGACGGCCGGCGCCUAUAUUACCGUACGGUUCGCGUUCGACCGUUAGUGAGUUUUGAGCAUCUGAACUCCUUUGAACGUUUCGUGCGGAGAGCAUCGGUUACGACAACAACCGCGGUGCAAACCGGACCGUUGCGAUAGCCAGAGACGAUCGAUGGACGUUAAGGGUAAGGUCGCCAUGGUUACAGGCGGGGCCGCCGGCAUUGGUCGCGCGUACUGCGAGGAGCUACUGAAAAACGGAGCCAAAGUAUCCAUAUGUGAUAUCAAUGAAGAUGUAGGCGUCAAAUUGGCCGAUUUGUUGGGUGCCAAAUUUGGAAAUACUAAAGUGAUAUUUUGUCCGUGCGAUGUCACUGAUUAUCCACAAUUUCAAGAUGCAUUUCGAAAAACGAUUGCGGCAUUUGGUGGACUGGAUAUAGUUGUGAACAAUGCGGGAGUUUUCAACGAUCGAUUUUGGGAAUUCGAAGUCGACGUAAAUUUGAACGGCGUAAUCAGAGGAACACUUCUGGCAAUGCAACUUAUGGGCAAAGACAAAGGAGGUCGUGGUGGUACAGUGGUUGUGACUUCAUCUACAAUGGGUUAUAAGCCGUGUCCUAGCAUGCCUAUCUACACAGCGACCAAACAUGCUCUUAUUGGUUUCAUUAGGUCAUUUGGGGAUCCUUAUCACACAAAUUUAACGGGAAUUCGAGUAAUAGCUUUAUGUCCAGGAAUGACGUUAACUGACGCUAUACCCGAAGAUGUAAAAUUGGCGUUGUUGUCACCUAAUUUUAUUCAUCUCUGGGAUAAAGACGUUGCAUCUCAAGCACCCCAAGCUGCCCAAAGUGUUGGACGUGCAUUAAUUCACGUACUACAGAAAGCUCAAAGUGGUUCGGUUUGGGUUGCUGAAAACAACAAAUCAGCCAAAGAAGUCAAGUUUCCAAAUUUUUAAUGUAGUGACACUUACAUU